CUUCUUCCCCAAUGGCUCCUUCCAAGAGGCGCCUACCAUGGUCCUCCUCCGAAGACGAUGCCGGCGCUGUCGGCGAGCUGUCGCUGCCUCGCAAGCGGUGGCAGUCACUUGUCCUGCAGGUUAGGGGGACGAGGAGGAGGACCAAUUUUGAGGGGUUGUUUGGGUUCAAGGAGAUCAGGGGAGAGGAGUUCAUGAGCAUGUUCCGUUCGUUCUUCGGUUCCAUGGUACAGAGAGUGGUUUCAGAGGAGGUAGAGAAAGCAAUAUUCAGACAAUUCAAUGCACCACCAGUAGCACCUCCAAGAUUACUAGUGGGCUGGAAUCAGCGCCCAAUGUAUCAACUCAUGUUCCAGAAUGGUCUGAAACCGGUUUACACAAUGAUGAAAUUAGAAGCAAGCAAUGGAACAGCUAUUAAGGUGGCUAUAGUUGAAAAACUGGAAAACAACAGGACAAACAUCGUCAGGUUUGAUCCUCUUUCUUCUGCUAAAGUUGAGGUUGUAGUCCUCCAUGGCAAUUUCAAUGCUAAAAAAGAGGAAUCCUGGACGCCUGAAGAGUUUAACAAGCAUAUAGUAUCCGGCCGAGAGAAGAGUGCGCAACUUCUCACUGGCAAUUUGAAACUGAAGCUCAACGGAGGGGAGGCUAUCCUCGAACACGCAACCUUCACUGAUAAUUCCAGCUUCACCAGCACCAAGAAAUUCAGGCUGGGGCUGAGGCUUGCAAAUGCUUCUCGAGAGAGAGUUCUUGAAGGAGUCACUGAUCCUUUCCGCGUGAAGGAGCGAAGGCUAGAAGGGUUUGAAAAGCACUACCCUCCGAUGCUGGACGAUGAAGUAUGGCGUUUGGAAAAGAUUGGUAAGAAUGGUGCUUACCACCAGGCCUUGUCAAAUAAUGGAAUCGAUACGGUGCAGAAGUUCUUACAGGCUUAUAUGAAGGACGAACAGAAGCUUAUACAGAUUUUUAGCAAGAUGCCACAGUCAACAUGGAAAUCCAUCAUAGGGCAUGCCAUGACGUGCAAACUUGGCGAUGGUCUUUAUCUAUAUGAAGUAAAGAACAAGGAUGCUGUUAUAUUCUUCGAUGCAAUAUAUAAUCUUGUUGGGGUGAAGUCUGGUGAUUGUUACAUGCCCAUAGAUCAGCUUGACCAAGUAGAGAAGAAUUUUGUGGAGACAUUGAAACAAGAGGCCUAUCAGAAUAUGAAUGUUUUCCAGUAUAGCUAUAAGAUGGUCGACAACCAUCCUGUACCACUCGACAAGUUCCCUGCUGAGGGUACUUCCCUGUUUAGUGAUCUUCCAAAUCAGCAGAUACUGAAUUAUGGUCAACACAAUUCAUAUCUGGGGAAUACCUCAACUGGUCAGGGAUUUGGAUCAAGGCAUUCAAGGGAGAAAUUUGGCACUUCUAAAGGAUACAGUAAUGUCCCGGUCGAUAUCUCAAGGUUUGUUCAGGGGCAUACUUCCAAUCAUGAGCAGUUGAGACAUGAGCAGAUAAUAAACAGAGUUCUACCAUACAAUUCAAGCCAAGGAGCCUUGUUACCUGGACCAAGAAUUACACAGCUGCAGAUACCAAACACCGAAAGAGCAUAUUUAAGUUCAGAUGCUAGUCCUCCUGCUGAUAUUCCUAACAGCAUCCUGGUUAAUCAAGUUGCUACACAAUUUGAUCAGUACAGACAGCGCGAGCAAUCUCAUUUCUCUGAAGAAUCAUACAGUUGCCAUUCUCUCAAUAGUUUGUUAUCUACAGAUGCGGUCAUGUCUUUGAUGCAAUCUCAAUUCCAGCUUUCAAGAAACAGUGAGAGAUUUAGCAACCAUUCUGACCAACAAUGUAACAGUCAAACAAUAAUACAGCCACAACAAGUUGUUACUGGAUUUCAGCCAUCAAGAACAAACAGCUUUGACUUGAGCUCAUGCGAUGAACUUAUAAAGAGCUUCUUGUCUCAGAAUUCUAACAGUGAAGGGGCAUCUACACCACUUUCUCCACGCAAGUGGGUCAAGAUCAGAGCGGCAUUGAAGCUAGCAUCUGUGAGGAGGCUCUCCAGGGCAUCAAGGAGGGGUCCUCAUUGUGCCCCACCAAGGCCAAGGCUUGUACCGACAAUAUGAGCCUUCUAAGAAGUAUGAAUAGAUGUUGUAAAAGAGCCAACUUCGGAUCAAAGAUCCAUCUGGAUGUACAAAUUAUAUAACACUUUUGAAGUAGAUACUCUAGAGAAGUAUGUUAAACUUAAAAUAGAAUUGAUUUUGUCGAACAAGUAGGCAUCUGUACUCUUACAUAAAGGACCUAGUACUUAACUUUUGUCA